CUUAGAACCCUAGGCGCUUUGUUAGAUAGAUCUAAGGUUUAUAUAUUUUUCCUGCGGCUGUUCCGCUUUCUCUUUCGAUUCGUGCGUUCCCGUCGGCCGGAGUUUUGUCGCAACCCGAAUCCCAAAUGGUCCGUCGCAGCGUCGGAGAAGAAGCUAUCGAACCCAAUGAGGGACAUUAAAGUGCAGAAGCUGGUGCUCAACAUCUCCGUCGGUGAGAGUGGAGAUCGUCUCACCAGAGCCUCCAAGGUGUUGGAACAAUUGAGUGGCCAGACUCCUGUUUUCUCCAAGGUUCUGAGUUUGCAUUUCUUUUAUGCAGCGCGAUACACUGUUCGUUCCUUUGGUAUCAGACGUAACGAGAAGAUUGCUUGCUAUGUGACUGUCAGGGGAGAUAAGGCGAUGCAGCUUCUUGAAAGUGGACUGAAAGUUAAAGAGUAUGAACUCUUGAGAAGAAACUUUAGCGACACUGGCUGCUUCGGUUUUGGCAUUCAGGAGCACAUUGAUUUGGGUAUCAAGUACGACCCGUCGACUGGAAUCUAUGGUAUGGACUUCUAUGUUGUUCUUGAGCGUCCUGGUUACCGUGUGGCACGUCGUAGAAGAUGCAAGGCUCGCGUUGGAAUCCAGCACAGAGUGACUAAAGAUGAUGCCAUGAAAUGGUUCCAAGUGAAAUAUGAAGGAGUCAUUCUCAACAAGUCUCAGAACAUCACUGGUUAA